CGGCCAUAGGCUGCGAUAGGCCCUCUUCUUCGUUCUUACAGGUACGGGUACGUACUUAUCGCCUAAAAAUCUCUCGUGACUCUUCCUGCACCCAUCUUCACGAUGUCUGUCGUGCAUCAACCGCUAUCUGAGUCUAUGAUACCUCGUCUGGACCCCGAAUACGUCGAAUUUCACAGAUCCACGCUCGCUUACAUCAUCCCUCCGCACACUUUGCCCUGGUCCCCAGAGCUUAGAAACGCGCCUGCUGUUCCCGGAAGCUCGACACCGCUCUCUGUUGGAAGUACUGUAGACAUUGAUCUCACCUACACCAAGUUCAGAGCUUUCACACCCGAGGGCGAGGCGCCGGCGGACGGCUGGCCAGUCUUCAUCUUCUUCCACGGAGGAGGCUGGACUUUCGGAAGCAUCGGGGCAGAGAAUGCGUUUGCUACAAACAUGUGUGUCCACGCGAAAUGUGUGGUGAUUUCUGUCGAUUACCGUCUUGCACCCGAGCAUAAAUAUCCUACGGCCGUUGAUGAUUCGGCUGAGUCUUUGGAAUGGGUUGUUGCGAACGGCCAAAAGGUGCUCGGUGUCGAUACGACCCGAAUUGCCUGGCUGAUGUUCACCAGCGGCGGCAACCUAGCGGCGAUUUUGGCUCUCAAAGCGGCACAGCGCUCUCCGCCGAUUCCCCUCCUCUUUCAGUUGUUGAUCGUUCCCGUUACGGACAACACGGCUUCCGUCGACGACUUGUGGAAGGAAAAUGCGCUAACUCCGUGGCUAAGCCCAGAACGUAUGAUUUGGUUCCGGAACAACUAUUUGCCCAACAAAGACGAUCAUACCAAAUGGGAUGCAUCUCCCAUCUUCGCGCCAGAUGAGCUGCUUGCCAAAGUCCCCAAGACGUGGAUCGCUGUCUGCGAGGCUGAUAUUCUCUGUGCCGAAGGCAUCGCGUACGGGAGAAAAUUGUCUGAAUUGGGUGUACCGACACACACCGAGAUCUACAAGGGAGCACCUCACCCGAUCAUGGCAAUGGAUGAAGUCUCCAGUGUCCUCAAAAUUGGCGCAAAGAUGGUCGCAGAUGCAGCUGCAGCCUUGAGCGAAGGACUCGGAACCGCUUAA